AUGAGAAGAAUCAGUGCUAGGGUCGUCCCAGUCUCAUGUGAUUCACGGAAGGACCCCCACGUGUAUGCUUAUUUCGCCCAAAUAUCACAUCCGUUCCCCUUGGUAUUUUAAUUUUUUUUCUUGUAGCACCUCCUUUCGACGCGCCCGGUUUAUUUGAUAAGAUAUGCGUUUUGCAUUUUAGAAGAAAACAAAAUCAUGGACGACUCCGACGUGCUCGAGUUUCAGGUUUCCUCCCGCGAGGUGGGGCGCAUCAUUGGCACCAAGGGGUGCAACAUUCGUGCCCUGGAGCAGGGUUCGCAAUGCCGCAUCAAAACGCCGGGAAAGCGGCCCGCGCCCCAGUUUGGUGGCGUUCAGAACAACGAGCGCGAUGACGACGAGGACGAGAACUGCAUGAUUCGAAUCACGGGCGGCAACGAGAAGUUGCGCAAACGCUGUAAGGAAGCAAUUGACGCGGUGCUGAUGGGCAGCGACCCGGGGGACGUCUUCGCGGAGCUCGACGGUGCUGGCCUGAUUCGAAAUUUAGACCCCGUAGUCUUGAACUAUCUCGGCAAGGAGAAGCAGCGGCUAGAAACCGAUCACAAGGUCCGGCUGGAGCUGGAGGCGAAGUCGCUACGCAUCUGGGAUCAGGACGUGUACGGCAACUACGCAGGUGGUUCGUCGAGCUCGUCCUCCAGAGGUGGGGGGAAAAAUGGCCAGAAGGGACGAGGAAAAAAGGCCGGAGGAAAAAAUCACCACAAAGGUGGUCCUGCCAUGGAUGUGGACGAGGAGAGUACAACAACUACAGCGACUUUCAACCAGAACAACGUGGGCAGUAGUUCAACCGGCGUCGCCAAGUCCGACCGGAUUGAGCAGGCCCGCCAGGCCAUACAGCAGGAGAUAGACGACUUGCAGACCAGCGAGGAGAUUAUCGUGCGCGUGCCGGGGAACCGCGUGAACCAGAUCAUAAACCACAGUUCGCUGCGGCAGUUGCAGGAUACCUCGCAUAUCCAAACAAUGGUGACGAAGGAUGACGAGGGCACGGGGAUCCGGCUGAUCGGACUAAAGGGCGCGAUCGAGGAAGGGCGAAAUUGCAUCGAAAAGCUGAUCCAGGGCGAGGGUGCGGAUUUUCUCGCGCUCUACCCGAAUUUGAUUCAGGAUCUGCUCGGGAAGAACCGCCGCAUGGAAGCGGAUUUCCACCGCGACUUGAAGUCCGCGGCCGAGUUAUCAUUUGUAAAAAUGUCCUCACCCCAUAGUUGUCAUGCAAUUCUGCAUGCUGAAGAUGUUUCUCAUGCGGAGCCCCAUGAGAAGCAUUUUCCAAUCGUGUUUCAGACUUUAUUGUGCUCCAAUCAGCAUGAUAUGCUAGAUUUGUGAUGCUAGUGAACUAGCUAAACAGGAUUACACUCUGAGACCAAACUUGUCAUGCGCAACAACCAAGCCUUGUGGAUUUUUUUAGCAGAUUUCCCAUCUUCACUCUGGGGUGGGGACGUUUUUACACAGGAUACGAGUACUGCGGGGUGCGGGUAUCGUUGGAGGGAACCAAGUUGGCUUUCUCCGACGCAAACCCGGAGCAGGUGCACUACGCGUAUCAAAUGUAAAAAUGUCUGGGUCUGGAAGAAUGCAACUUGUCUAGCUAAAUCUGAAGCGUGCAAAAAUCUGUGUUGCAUGAUUACCAAAAGUCGUCCAGUUUUGACAAAGUCGGGAGGCAGUUUCUCACGCAGGGUAGGCAUGAGAAAGAUCGCACAGAAUCUGUCAUGCUAGGUCCUGCAUUCCAGACCUCAUGGGUCAUGGAAAAGCUGCAUGACAAAUCGCGCAUUCUUCCAGACCCAGACAUUUUUACAUUUGAUAACGCGAAGGCCGAGGCCAUGAACAUCCUCACCUACUACUUCCCGCAAAACUGCUAUGGAUGUGUCAGAGUUGAAAUCGACAAAGUUGAAAUAACUUGUCAAGCAUAAAACCGAUACCAGUUGGAAGCCCAAUUUCCAAGCGGCGCAUGACAAAUUUGAGUAGAGCCGAAGCCCAGUUUGUCAUGGUGUUUGGGUAAGGAAGACGCCUUUUGUCAUGCUACUUUAGCAGCUCUAUUUCUACCCCGAAACAGGCUUACAAUCUGCCUCCCUUGCCUACUCUGCAAGACAGGCAGUUUCUCCGUUGCAUUUUAUGCAUGACAAAUCAUUUCAACUUUGUCGAUUUCAACUCUGACACUUCCAUAACUGCGCCAAACUGGAAAUCGCCGAGCAGUCGGUGGUAUCAAAUGUAAAAAUGUCUGGGUCUGGAAGAAUGCAAGUUUGUCAUGCUUGUCUGGCAUGACUGGUAAAUCUCUCAUGCACAUUACCAAAGAGCCCCACUUUUCUGUCAUGCAGAGACGCAAUUUGUCAUGCAGAAUAGGCAACACUUACAAGCUCAGAAAUUUGUCAUGCUGAGCCAGCACUUGUGGCCUCCUCAUGCUACGCCACUCAGCAUCACAGGUUUCCAGACAUCCAGGGAUUUUUGCAUUUGAUAGGUGGACUACGUGGCCGGGGAGGAGGACCGGAAUUUGAUGCGGCUGCAGCAGUAUCAAAUGUAAAAAUGUCUGGGUCUGGAAACUUGUGAUGCUGGGUGGCGUCUCAUCAUGAGGCUACAGAUGCUGGCUCAGCAUGACAAGUUUCUGAGCUCCUAGGUGUUGCCUAUUCUGCAUGACAAGCUGCGCUUCUGCAUCACAGAAAAACGAAGCUCUUGGGUAACAUGCAUGACAGAUUUAAGAGUCAUGCCAGACAAGCAUGACAAACAUGAAUUCUUCCAGACCCAGACAUUUUUACAUUUGAUAAGCAGAUGGGCGCGAGCGUGUCCCUGGAUCGCGAUCACGGCUACGUCUGGGUCUGCGCGCCGCAGGCCCGGAACGUUGACGCAGUGCGAAAACGCAUCGACGACCUGCAAACCAGCUGGCGGGAACUUUUUCAGGUAGUUAGAAGCAUUCUUGCGCGGAGGUAGCUCACCUCGUAGUAAUUUUGUGUAAUGCUGCUUGGUGUAAUUCGAAAUAGCGGCGCGCUCCAUGCGUCAGUAAUUUUUUCUACUCCCCAUGCCACCAACAGGUGAUAUCAGUUCGACACCAGGGGGACUUUGGCAAGCUCUUCAGUCGCGAUGGGAAGUCGGUGCGUCAAAUUCAGCAGGAAACCGGGGCAAAAAUCGAGAUGGACCGAAAUAGUAUGGAGGUGCGCAUCACCGGCCCAUCAAAAUCCGCUGUGGAUAGUGCCAGGGAACAGAUUCGCACCAAACUCGGCUACGACGGCCGCAGCGGGGGCGGCGGGGGCGAGAAGCGGGGUGAAGCCGUGAGGCCAGAAAGUUCGGGGCACGGCGGUAACAAGCGAGGAGCAGGGGCAAUCAGUGCGGUGGAAAAGGUAAGUCGGACACUAUUUUUUGCGUAUGUUAGUAGAGCGAAUUUGCUACACCUGGUUUUCAGUGCGAGUGCUAGAGCUCGUUUCGAUUUGUCCAGCACAAUACAAGUACAGCUACAGCUGGAGAGUUAAACGUAGGGAAAUAACUCUCUACAGCUCCAGAAGCAGGCAGAGCAGCAGGCAACUGGUGGCGACUGGGAUGCGGGACCGCCACAGAACCAAACCCUGACCAACCUCCGUGGUCGGACCGGAGCCGGGCAGCAGGCGGAACAGUGGUAGCUCAGCGCGCACUGCCAACGGUUUACGUCUCCCCCACUGAGUGUAGGCACGACGAAACAUGUGUCUGGAUCCCUGCUCAAAUAAAGUUAUCUUUUGCACCAGCGACAAUCUGAUUUCCAUUUGCGCCAGCGAGAACGUGUGUACUUAUUUUAAUAAAAAGAAAGGUGCCACUUCAAG